AUGGCUCGGGGUUUACCCGUUGCGGCCACGCCGUUCUGGGACCGCACCAUUCUGAGAGCUCGACAGCCAGUAACCCCAGAGUUUCACCAUAUCGAGUACGAUCCUCAUCCUACCAUGAUAAUCACUGACAACAACCCUCUGAAACCAGCCAUCGUCGCCAUACUAAAGAUCACAGCGGAGCAACUCAACACCCUGAAUGACAGGGCCAGGUCCAGAUACAGCACCUACGAGAUCCUGACAGCGCACAUAUGGCGUUGCGCGAGCAAAGCACGCGGCUUGGUCAACGAACAACCGACCAAGCUGCAUAUAUCGCUUGAUGGCCGUUCGAGGUUGAGCCCUCCACUCCCUUCAGGGUACUUCGGCAACGUGAUCUUCCACGCCAUGCCGGUCGCCCUCGCCGGAGAGCUCGCCUCCGAGCCACUGCCACGAACACUGGAGAGGAUCCACAAAGCGCUGAGCAGGAUGGACGACGAGUACCUUCAAUCCUCCAUAGAUUACCUGGAAGAUCCCAACAACCCAGAAGGUAUCAUCCAAGUUCCAACCCACUGCCGGUCGCCGAACCUGUGGGUGGUGAGCUGGAUGCGGUUUCCGUUCAAGACUGUAGAUUUCGGAUGGGGAAGUUCGACUCUGUUUCAUGUGGCGGAUAUCAGCGAAGGAAUGGGGAUUCUGUUGCCGAGAAAUCCUGUCGACGGGAGCCUGUCGCUGGCGAUUUGCCUGGAAAGUGACGUGAUGGAGGGUUUCAAGAAGAUGUUCUAUGAGUUUGUGGUGCAUUAUAGCACGCAUGGGCCUCGGUGUCGCGUAUAG